AUGGCUGAUUUCUGCUUGCAAAAUGUGGAUCCUAGCUUCGACGAUCAAAACGGCAAAUUUACGGAAGAAUUUAUGAUGAAACUCGAACUUUUGAAUGGGAACAACUCCAUGAAGUCCUUGUGUAUCGAGGAGUUCAUAGUCAAGAGCCAACGACAGUGGUACAAAAGACUCAGCAACGCCUUCUUGGGUAGAGCAAAGGAUACCAUUCCGUUAGAGAAAUCUACCGUGGAAGACCUUCUGACUCUUCCACCUGCUCUUAGCGAAGAUUUAGAAUCUGGCAGCAUCGAGGAUAGUAAAGGCGGCAAGUCCGCAACUGGUCUUAAGCGAAUGAUGCUGUAUCGUGUUGGCUAUUGGCCUGUUUAUUCGUUCUUCCUUGCCUUCGGGCAGAUAAUUGCGGUAAACUCUUACCAGAUAAUGCUCCUCACUGGAGAGAUUGGUGAAGCAGCCAAGAAGCUAUACGCUAUUGCAUCGAUAUAUCUUCUCGGCUCUAUUUUGUGGUGGUUGAUGUUUCGAAAAUUCGAGUUAGCUACUACGCUCUCUAGUCCGUUUGCGGCAUAUAGUUUUGCCUUUCUUGUUGUCGGCUUUGCCCAGAUUUGGCAUGCCAAAGGACGUUUGCUUCAGAAUAUUGCUGCUGGUGUAUAUUCAUUCGCUUCAGCGAGCGGAUCUGUCUUCUUUGCCUUGAAUUUCAAUGAUGAAGCAGGUAGCCAAGUGAGAGACUGGGUGUUUAGAGCUUGCAUUAUUCAAGGUACACAACAAAUAUUUGUGGUUGCCUUGUGGUACUGGGUUUCAAAGUUGUCGAAGAGUAUGGCUGAAGGGAUGAAUCAGACCGAGAGAUUGGGUUCAUGGCAAAUCCAUGGGACUAGAACUAACACUGAAGCGAUGAGGUCCAUCGUAUUUCCUGUUGCUUGUGUGCUGGGUGCCAUUGGGGUCAUUAUUUAUCUUGGGCUUCCAGACUGCUACCGGGGCCGUAGCGGGAAAAUUCCCUCGUUUUACACUUCUGUCUUCCGCCGCAAUAUUAUCGUAUGGUUUUUUGCCUCUGUGGUCAUAGAGAACUUCUUUCUCAGUCCGCCUCAGUCCGCCUUAUGGUCGCAAUUGGUGGUUCCUCUGGAGCUCCAAACGUACGGAAUCGUGGCAAGUCCUAUUGCUUAUCUUUGUGUUUUUCGUGUUUGUUUGGUUUACGAUGCUUGGUAUCUAUAUCUUGUGGGCUAGAUUCUGGGGACCUUGACUGACGACGCAGAUCAGCUCUUUUAAGAAAAAUGUCCAAAAACCAUACUUAGGCAUUACCAGUAUUUGCAGUAGGGCUUGGCGCGCCAAGAUGGGCGCAGAUAUGGUGGGCAACAAGUAAUAUUGGCCAAUUCAUCCCAUGGGCAGGAAGCUACACAACAGGCGCUCUUGUUUCCCGAGCCUUAUGGCUAUGGCUCGGGGUAUUAGAUUCUGCGCAAGGCAUUGGCUUUGGAACAACUCUUCUGCAAACAUUAACCCGGGUCCAUAUAUGCUUCACACUCCUGGCAGCGCAGAUGUUUGGAUCGGUGGCAACCAUGCUAGGCCGUGCUAUUUCUCCCAAUAACAUCGGUCCUGGAAAUGUGCAUCCUGACAUUUCAGGUGGAGCUAAUGCUAUUCUGACCCCUUGGUUUUGGAUCACGUUACUAUUACAGCUUGCUAUUCCGGUGGGCUUCUUUUUGUUUUUCCGUACAGAGCAGCUAAGUAAACCAUGAAACUGGAACCUUCUUUGUCAGAUAGCAAGUCAUGAGGAUAACCCACCUGGGCAUCUGACGUGCACGACGUUUUGUGUUUUCUUAGUCCACUUUUGAAAAUCAGCCGGAUUUAUAAGGAGUUUUGGCCAUGGCUGUCAGUUUUGUGCUUUUGUUAUUGUGUUCUGUCUUUCUCAAUGUAGUAAUGAAAGUGUCACCCGAGUUCCAAAGGGAGUGUUGUAUCUUGGCCGGUCUGACCUGCAGAUGGCCAAGGACACUGGCAACGCGAGCAUCGUGACUUGAAG